AUGCAAGACCCAAGCCAAGGGAUCCAUCGUGAUCUCCAACCCCACGUCCAUCUCCUGUCAACAUACCGUUUCCCCCAACUCCUUAACCUCCAUCCCGACAAAGUCGCAGAAUAUCUACUCGGAGCUCCCAAAAUCACACGCGACCAAGCCCCCUUCUACUGGACAUAUCUUGACCGACCUAUUGAUGGCACAAUUCUACUUGUUUGGCAGUCCCCCUCGAUGGGGACUGAUUAUCCCAGCGAUGGCUAUGUUUGGGCACCCCCGGAAUCUCGAUAUCAAGUAGAUGUAGCAGGCGGAUAUGUCAGUUCCCCGCAGGACACUAUACCUUGGAUGCCGACCGGGUAUGCGCCUGGUGAACCUCUUGCGGUUCAUGCCCGUCGGCGAUACCGUCUUCACCCCUCUAGGGAUCCAAAUUCAACCGGUCCUACACCUGAUAUGUCGCUUUGGAUUAUCCACUACCUCCAAGCCGAACCCAACGACCGACUUCCGUCCAGCAUGAUUCCUAUUAAUCCGCAUCUCCAAACGACCAUGAACACUCGCGCCUAUCUCCACUCUCAAGGGCAGAUUCUUAAGAAGGACUUCAUGCUGAACGACCGUCCCAAUUGGCCUCAAAUUGCCUUUCCAAGAAACCAUCAUCCAGCAAUGUACGGUGGAAACAUGCCUGCGGCUCGAGUCCCGCAGACGAUGGCAUAUCCUCCUCAGCACGCGACUGCAGGACCCCCCACCAAACGUCCUCGAACUCAAGCACACGCGACCCAAGCAGCUGCUAGUAGCGCUGUUUCCGUGAUCGAUGCAGACGAUGAGGAAGAUACUGCCAGAGGUGAUUUCUUCGAUCAUACUUCGCCGCGCGAAAUUAGCAUGAGCAGAUACAAACAGAACCACGAGUGGAUGGAAGAACUUUUGUCUUCCCCUUAUGCGAUGAACCAGAUCGUCCCCGCAGAUCUUGGUCUUGGCCUACGUGGGCAGCUUGCAAGCAUUACGGAUGGAAUCUUCGAUGCGCCUCUUGACCCUGACAAGGAUAAGGCUCAAUAUAGCUACGUUGGACAGUUGGACAAGGAUAAGGCGGAAGAUUUUCGCAAGAGAGCUGGUGAGAGGAUUGAACAAACCAACAGGGACAUUGAGAAGAUGAAGGCAAAACACGCGAAGAGAUUGGCCAAAUUCCGAAAAGGAAUCCAGAUCAGUGACGCGGAGAAAGAACUUCGGAGUGCAGUAGAUAACCCGUCUGACGUUGGACCCGAAUAUUGGCGUCUUGAGGGCCGGGUUGAUUCAGAAGACGAAGACGAAGAUAAGCCCGUCCUCAAGGCCCCUUCGAAGGUCGCUGAUAUCAUUGCUCAAGUGGAAGCUUCUGUUGGUCGUCAUGCAGCAGCAGUGCAAGAACUUGUCCGUAUCCAAGAUGGUGGAUAUGAAGAGCCUGCUGCCAUUGUUGCCAGCCCAGAACCUCCUGCGGCUCCGACUCAAACCACUCCACCUGGUUCAAACAAUGGCUCUACUACUAGCGGCGUUUUGGUUGGCGAUGCAGACAUGGACAUGGGUUCCACAGCUUCUGGUCUUCUGGACAACUUAUAUGCUGGCCUCGGAUCUGCAACUCCAGGUAGCAGCUUCCCUACGCCCCAAGCUCAUUUACAAGCCCAGUCCGAGGCUGGUACCCCAAGCAACAUUCCUGCGCCUUCUCCCCAGGCAGCGACGUCAGAGGGACAACAGGCACAGCCUGAUGUCGCUAUGGCCAACGCAUCUAACCCGGGUGCGCAGACUCAGCAGCCAAAUAAGGCUGAAAAGGACGACUGGGUAGUUGUUCCUCCAGGUGGUGUGUCUCCUACCAGGGACUCGCAGCCACCUACUAUAUCUCAACCUGAGAUUGCUGCUCCAGCCACUUCCACGCUUUCUGCUCCUGCAGACGCUAAUCUAUCGCCUUUACCCACGACCUCGACAAAUCAAACCCCACUCCCUGAUUUCCCUAGAUCUCCAAACGACUUUGCUGAUCUUGGAGAUCUGGACACGGCAGGUGAUGCUCUGGCUAGCUACGGUGAGGAUCUCGAUGGUAAUGGUGGCGAACUAGGAGACUUGGACAUGGAUAUGGAUGUUGGGAUGGAUGAUUCUGCAUUCGGUGAAGCAUUCCAUGGUGUUGAACCAAGGGGAGAUGAUCAUGGCGAGGGUGAUGGAUUGUAA